AUGGCGAAACCGCGGCUCGGAAAGAACGCCAAAGUCAUCAUCAAAAAGCAGAAAGCACCUGGUAUCAUCGUAGAGACCUUAGGGAAAGCUUUUUGGAAGGUUGAACUUGUGGACCGGACAAAUGGGAAACCUACAGGAGCUUUUGUUGAGUUGAAAUCACAAAUGAUUCGGCAUCCAAAAGAGGGGGAGUUUCCUGCCACCGUGGAUCGACGAGAAGAGGAGCUCGACCAUGCUGCAACGCCAACCGAGGAGGAAUCGAAGAAUCCUGACAACAAUCAGAGUGACGAAUCCGACCAACCUGCCGAUGAAGGGAUUGAAGUCCAGCUUGAAGAGAACUCGUCUUUGGAUGGGUCGAUCCAGGAGUCCAAGUCCGAAUCUGACGAGGAGCAACCCAACGUCAAGGAGGAAACCAAGACUGAUGUUGCCACGCUGACUGUUGAGACUGUAGUUGAUGAGGAUGAUGAUGAGGUCACUAUCGAUCCGGACGAGGAUAUCUAUGCCCCAGGACGCCGAUCUGGAUAUCCCCAACACAAGAAACUCCAAGUGGUACCUGACCGCGGAUCCCACAAGUACUUGGCCACCCAGGAUGCAACACUGGACCAGGUCUUCA